UCUCCUGCAAUGAGAAGGGAGGCGCGUGCUGGAUGCUGAGGGGGCGAGGAGAAGCGGCGGCAGAGUGUGGCCGAGGGGGAGCGCUGCCCGCCCCCAGCCCUGCACUCUCCUAUGGCCCUGGCCCUGCCUGCACCCCGCCGAAGUUGCGUUUCUCCCACCGCCCCCUCGCUGCCAUCGGCAGGCAGCAGCGCGGGGCGCGGGAGGGUUAAAAGGAGCUUUCCUCCCUCCUUGCUGGCAGGCCGCCUUCUCCCUGCAGCCGGAUUGGUUCUCCUCUGAGUUCUGCCCCCCCCUCCCACCCGCGCCUCGCCAUUGAAUGCAGUUGAGCCCCUGCGAGGAAGCGGAACUGAAUGGGAGGAGGGAAUUGUUUGCUGGGCUGCUCUCAAGGAAAGUAGGACAAAACCAUAAAGCCCUUAUUUGUUCGGGGUUUUUAUGUGCGCCUGUGUGAGAGAGAUUUGUACCCCUUGCUUAGAAGCCGCUGUGUGUUUCUUUUUCCCGUGUGUGAGAGCACGGGCAGUACCGGUCCGCCUCCACUUGAAAAGCCUGCAUUUGUGUGUUUGCGUUUCUUCCCUCCCAGCUCGAAAACCUGUAUAUGUGUUUUGCAAUUUGAAAGCCAGUGUGUUUGUGUCUCUUCCUCACUUCCCUCCUCCCCUGAUUUGGAACUGCUUAUGUGGGAGAAAGACACCCCCCCCCACACACACACGCUUGAAAUCGCCCUUUGUGUGCAUGUUCCCCACCCCUCUGUCUGUGUGUGGGAGUGUGAGAAAGAGAGAGAGAGCUUGUAAGAAAAACCCUCCCCACCCCAACAAUGUGCCUUCUGGUGAGGAAAUUAAUCACAACAAAAGUAUUACAAGCUUUAAAAAGAAUAGAAGUAAAAAAAUGCUCUUAACAAACUAGAUCCGUUCCCCCCAUCCUCCUUGUCUUUGGAUUUACCAUGUGCUGGUUGAUGGGUCUGAAGAUACUAAACUGCUUAGUAUCUGAAAAUAAUAAGAACAUCAUUCUCUGUUGAUAUGUGUGUUUGUGUUUUCUCUCUGUGUGUGAUUUCUUUGUGUAUGGGGGUGGGUGGGUUUCUCCCCCCACCCCAUUUUUGAGUUAGUCUCUGUGUGCCUUUCUCGAGAGAUAUUUUCUUUUCUCCCUCAUUUGGAAGCCACGGGGGUGGGUCUGGUUUUCUUUUUUUUAAAUUUUCGAUUUUGCUAGAGCAACAGGAAAGACCAAGUGUUUGGAUGCUGGGAAUUGUGUGCAAUCUUUAUUCGUGUAGUAAUGAUUAAUGCGCCCAACACUUUUAAGCUGUAAGCUUGCUUCAGGGUCAUUUAUCUAAUAAUCUUAUAGCAGAUCUUUAUUUAAAAAGAGGACUGUGAGACUCUUUUUAAACAGAGAUUUCCUAUAAGAUGGUUUGAUACUUUUCAGACAGAGAACUAUUUUCUCAUUCCUUUUUGCCACUCUGUGGAUUCUUGUUGUAGAAAAAGCUGUGUCUAUCUUUAAGAGGAACCUAGGAAGCUGACUUCUACUGAGUCUGACCAUUGAUCUAUCUAGGGCAGUAUUGUCUAAACCAGGCCUGCUCAACUUUGCACACACACACACCCCGCCAGCUUUUUGGACAACAACUCCCAUAAGCCCCAGCCACAGUGGCCAAUAGCUAGGGAUUAUGGGAGUUGUAGGUCAACAUGUGCAGGAGGCCUGAAGUUGAGCAACUCUGGUCUAAACUGACUGGCAACAGCUCUCCAAGUUUUCAGGCAGGAGUUUUUCUCAAUCCUACCCAAAGAUACCAGGGAUUGAACCUGGGACCUUUUGCAUGCAAAGCAAAGGCUCUGCUACUGAUUACGGGCUGUCCCAUCUGGCAUUUUGGUACUAGAACCUGCACCUUGAAGCCAGUCAGGUGACAGAUUGCAAAUAAACCCUAGCAGGGAGUGAAGUGCAAUGCUAAAGUCCUAUGAGUAAAGGACAGAAGCCUUCUCAUCCGCUUUCUUUCCCUCACAGAUAGUGGGAUCUCAUUGCUGCUGUCCCUGACGCCAUCUCUUGGAUUGUCUCCUCUCUGGGGUGGAGUGGAAGUGGCCACAAUGCAGGCUGAUCCGGGUCUGGUGACCUUUGAGGAGGUGGCUGUGGAUUUCAGCGAGGAGGAGUGGGCGUUGCUGGAUCCAGACCAAAGGGCUCUGCACCGAGAAGUCAUGGAAGAGAAUUAUAGGAAUGUGGCCUUUCUGGCAGGCUAUGGACAAGCCCAUGACGAUAAGAGGGAACCAUAUGAGGUGCCGCUGAGAACAACUGAGCCUGAAGUGGAGCAAGAAGCUUUUGUGAAUCUGGAGGGAUCCGGGAGGCAGAAGCAAAGCCAAAAACUAGAGAAUGGGAGGAAUCAAUCCAUUGUUUGCCGUGACUUCCAUGAGUGGCCUGUCCAACAAAAACAUCAGAAGAGAGAGGGAAGGCAUGGUGGGGAACCAUCCAGUUCUGAAUUUAGCUUCAAUUCACACUGCAGAGUCGACCCAGGGGAGAAACAAGAAAUGUGCAGGGAGUAUGGAAAGAACUUCUGUCAGAAUUUACAAAUUGCACAUCAGAGUAUCCACACAGGAACGAAUGCUGGGAAUCCACAGAGAUCAAAGACUCAGGAUGGCAACCAAACAGGGAACUGGAGUGAAAAAUCUGAUGUUUGUCAAGAUGGAAGUUCCCAUGUCAUACCAGCCAAACAAGGAAAAAAUAAUGGAAAGAAAAAGACACUGAGUCAAGGAGGAGGCCUUCGAUCACAUGGAAGAGAUUACACAAGAAGAAGAUCGUACAGAUGCUCAGACUGUGGUGAGAGCUUUAAUCAGACAUCGCAACUUCUUACACAUCAAAGAAUCCACAUAGGUUGCAAAUCAUAUGAAGGUGUGGAGUGUGGAAGGAAUUUCAGGGACAGUGAAGCCCUUUGUAAUUAUCAAAAAAUCUGCAACAAAAACAAAAUACACAAAUAUUUGGAACAUGAAGAGGGAUUCAGUCCGAGCCCAAGUCUUGCUUCCCAGCAAACAAUCCACACAGGAGAAAAAACAGAUAAAUGCUUGGAAAGUGGAAAAAGCUUGAUUAACAGUGGAAGCUCUACUAAAUAUCAAAGAAUCAACAGAUCAGAAAAACUAUAUAAAUGCUUGCAGUGUGAAAAGAGCUUUAGUCAAAGCUCAAACUUUAUUAAACACCAAAGAAUCCAUGAAGGAAGAAAACUAUAUGCAUGUUUGGAUUGUGGAAAGAACUUCAGUGGUUCCCUUAGAAUUCAAAGAAGAAUCCACAGAGGGGAGAAACCAUAUCAGUGCUCAGAAUGCAGAAAAACCUCCAGCCGCCAUUCACACCUUACUACUUAUCAAAGAAUUGACACAAGAGAGAAACCACAUCUAGUAUGUGGAAAGAGCUUCAGGAAGAGCUCACGCCUUACUGCCCAUCAAACAAUCCACACAGGAGUAAAACUAUAUAAAUGCUCAGAAUGUGCAAAGCACUUCAGAAGGAGUUCACAACUCACUUCUCAUCAAAGAAUCCACACAGGAGAGAAACCGUAUUCAUGCACAGACUGUGGAAGGAGCUUCAGGUGGAGUUCACAACUGACAUCUCAUCAAAGAAUCCACACAGGAGAGAAACCAUAUCCAUGUGCAAUGUGUGGAAAAAGCUUCAGACAGAGCUCACACCUUACUGUUCAUCAAAGAAUCCACACAGGAGAGAAACCAUAUAAAUGCUCAGAGUGUGGAAAGAGUUUCCGUGAUGGUGCAGGCCUUAGUUCCCAUCAAAGAAUCCACAGUGAGGAGAAGAGCUAUAAAUGCUCAAAUUGUGGAAGGAGCUUCAGAUGGAGUUCGCAACUUACUUCUCAUAAUAGAAUCCACACAGGAGAGAGACCAUAUCCAUGCUCAGUGUGUGUAAAGAGCUUCAGACAGAGCUCACAAUUUAUUACUCAUCAAAGAAUCCACACAGGAGAGAAACCAUGUCAAUGUUUUGAGUGUGGAAAGGGUUUCUGUAAUAAAAGUUCCCUUGCUAAACACGAAAUAAUCCACAGUAGGAAGAAACCAUUUACAUGUUUUGAGUGUGGCAAGAGCUUCAAUCGAAGUGAUGCCCUUACUUCCCAUCAAAGAAUCCACACACAAGAGAAACCAUAUGCGUGUGUGGAGUGUGGGAAGAACUUCAGUUGCAGUAGAUACCUUUCUUCCCAUCAAAGAAUUCAUUCAGGAGAAAAACCAUAUAAAUGCUCAGAGUGUGGAAGGACGUUCAGACAGAGCUCGCACCUUACUACUCAUCAAAUAAUUCAUAGUGAGGAGAGGAAAUAUAAAUGCUCAGAGUGUGGGAAAAGCUUCAGCCAGAGUAGAUACCUUACGUCACAUCAAAGAAUCCACACAGGUGAGAAACCAUAUCCAUGCUCAGUGUGUGGAAAGCACUUCAGACAGAGCUCACACCUUACUGCUCAUCAAAGAAUCCACACAGGGGAGAAACCAUAUAACUGCACAGUAUGUGGAAAGAGCUUUAGCCAGAGGGAAAACCUUACUACCCAUAAAAAGAUCCACAAAGGGGAGAAGCUAUUUACAUGUCGGGAGUGUGGAAAGAGUUUCAGUCGCAACGCAGCUCUUGCUAUUCAUCAAAGAAUCCACACAGGAGAGAAACCAUAUAAAUGUUCAGAGUGUGGAAAGAGUUUUAAUCGGAGUUCAUAUCUUACUUACCAUCAAAGAAUCCACAUAGGGGAGAAACUAUGUAAAUGCUGAGAGUGUGUAAAGAGUUUUGAUCAGAACUCAGCUCUUACUAAACAUCAAAGAAUCUACUCGGGGUGGGGAACAGUACACAUAUAAAUGAAUGGAAUGCAGAAAGUGCUUCUGGUAGAAUUGGAACUUUUAUUGGAAUUGGAAUUCUGCUUCUGGUAGAAUUGCAACCAUAAAACUGCAUAGAAGGGAUGCAUCAUAAACUACUUGGAUCAUGAAAGAAACAUUUAUAAUACACCAAGCCUUGCUAGACCUCAGUUCCAAAAAGAUAUAGGGGCUGUUCUAAUGAGCAGCCAGUCUGGGCUAUGGCAGGUAAGCAUGGGCUUGGCUGCCCAUGGAAACUGCUAGGAGUUGCGCGGCCCCCGGUGGCACCUCAGCAGCAAUCCCAGCUGAGCUGUUAAGUGAGCGAGUGCUCCCUUAACCCUGUUUAACUGAUUGUGUGCCAGCUCAGGCUGCUUUCAACAGGCACUGAAACUCUGCAGGUGCCCUCCUGUUACCGCAUGGAUUCCCACAAUGCACUGCACAUUUGUGCAGUGGGAUUUCUGGGGCCCAGGACAGUGUAUCCUGACCCCCGCACCUCCUCACUGUCUGUAAGCCACAGACCGCCUGGGCACGUGAUCCACAUGCUCAGCAACUCUACAUGGAUCAUCUGGGGGGAAGGCAAGCUUCUGCUACCUUCUCUGCUGCCCACCCUAAAGCCCUCUCACUUGAUUGUGAGAAAGGGCUCCUAGUUUAUUAACAACUUGAGUUGGGUGUGAUAUGUUGUCUGUCUUUUUAGCUCCCCCCCAUCCCCACUGAAGACUCCAUUAUCAAGACAGACAUCCACAGGCUCAAGCCAAUAGCUAACAUUUGGGUUCCCUAACUGAGGACUUCAUUGUUAGGGAGCUCAGGUAUAGUUGGGUCAGUUCUCUUUUAACAGGAUGAGCAUGUCAGAGUCUCUGGCCUAGUUCACACAAUUGUUUGAAUCUAGGUUUCAUGUGGGUUACCAACUGUGACUGUGUGAAUUCAUUCCAAGGUGGUUUACCUUCCCAAAAUGAAUUUGAGAUUCCCACCAUGGUGUGAGUUCACACAAUCACAGUAAUGGUCGUAACUGUUGGAGAAAUCUCCAGGAGUUUGUUUAUUGAGUAGAGGCCACACCAUCCAUUAAGUUCAAGGUUCAUUAUCACGACAUGGCGGGUGGCUGCAUACCCAGUAGACUUGGCAAGAGUGCUUUAUACAGUUACAGAUCUUAAUGCAAACAUAGGCCCACCAGUUAGGGGCUUACAGUACACUGUCUGAACCAAUCAUAAUAGAACAAAGUUCCAGCAUUAUGCAAAGUAAGGAUUGUAAAGUUCCCCCCAAUCAGGAGAGUAUAACAUAACCAGUUACCCAAUUACAGGGUAAUCCUCUCAGGAGAGGAGAGCUGGUCUAGGAGAGGAGAGCAGGUCUUGUGGUAGCAAGCAUGACUUGUCCCCAUAGCUAAGCAGGGUCUGCCCUGGUUGCAUAUGAAUGGGAGACUUGAUGUGUGAGCACUGCAAGAUAUUCCCCUCAGGGGAUGGAGCCGCUCUGGGAAGAGCAGAAGGUUUCAAGUUCCCUCCCUGGCUUCUCCAAGAUAGGGCUGAGAGAGAUUCCUGCCUGCAACCUUGGAGAAGCCGCUGCCAGUCUGUGAAGACAAUACUGAGCUAGAUGGACCUAUGGUCUGACUUAGUAUAUGGCAGUUUCCUAUGCUCCUAUGUAAAGGUCAAACAUCAGACCAUAUUGCUAAUAACAUUGAGAGUAUGCACCAAUCACCAUUUGCCAGCAGUUAACACUCCAGUCUAUAUGUUAUCCCAAUUCCUUCAAUUCCCUACAAAUAUCAUAUUGAUAUGUUACCAUAGCAACCCUUGCAGCAGUACUGAAGUUCAUAACUCACAGGCCUAGCUUAGAUACUUGACUAGGCCCGAACCCAAGUCUCAAAUAAAGUUUUUCUUCAUCAUAACCCACAUGAAAUAAAGUUUUUCUUCAUCAUAACCCACAUGAAACCUAGAUUAAACAUUUGUGUGAACCAGACCUGUAUCAAAUUGAUGUGCUUAGAAAACCAAAGAAACUCCAUGUUUGCCCAGAAUACCACAUUUUAACCCAGAGUAACCUCAGCCCAGCUCAGGGACAUCACGGCCUCUCAUGAUCAACGUCAUUAUCUCUCUCCACUAAAUUGUAUCUAAGAAACUUGGUUCUCACAAGGUUCUCACUGUUCUUUGCUGACAGUUAAGAAAACAGGAUUUAACCAAAUAAGGAGUAAUCACCAGAUGAACAAUGAAUCAUUCGCAUGCGUACUAGAUACUUAGUCCACCAUUUUAUUGCCAUGUAUACUAUGUCUAGGGUGUCAGCAUCCAUUUUGUUGAUUGUAUAAAAGAAAAACCUCAGCUGUAAUCAAUUCAUAUUCAAUGUAGAGCCAUUAGCCCGUUGAAUACCUUGCUAAACUGCAGUUGCAAUAAAAAGCCUCUAAAUGAU